AUGGUAAAUGUGAGCAAAAUUCAACGGAACUUACGUGACAAUCUUAAUGCAAGAAGGAAUGGUGUACAAAAGCCCACCAGGCCCAAUGAGUAUUCGGGUUCACGAGCAAAACAAAACCGAAGCCAGCAACCGGGUCGUGGCUUAAUUUUUGGUCCGGUUAGUGGGGAUUCGGAACGAUCAGAAUCUGGGAAAAGACUUCGCGUGGAAGGGAAAAUAGGGAGCGUUGGAGAAGCUUCUGUGAGUAUGAACCAGAAGCACGAAUUAGGGGAUGGAGCAUAUCAGAAACCCGUUGGUGAGAAUGCAAGAGGUGAGCCGAGCUUGGUCGAAGGGGAGAUAAACAAGGAGAAAGUUAUGCAGCAUACAUCACCGGCUGGAGUGGUGGAUGUGAUGCAGGCGUAA